GGAAAACGUUGAGGUAAAGCGGUUGUCGCUUGUCGCUUGUCGCUUGGCCAUCAAGCUGUAAUCACAGUAAGCUCCAAGAGAUUCACCGAGUCACAACUUCAGAAACGGAUGCUAAGACCAGCAGCGCUUCGUUUAAGCGCUAUCAUCACAAUGGUUUCUUCAGCGUCUCUCAGAAACCCUAACUUCCUCAUUCCUUCAACUUCGACAACGCUCCUUCGCUCUCGCCUUCUUCCCCUCCACACUCUCUCCUUCUCCAAUCGCCUCUCGCUCCGAUGCUACGCUGCACGCGCCGCCUUCGACCGGCUUCCCGUUCUCAAUCCCAUCGUCGAAAUGGACGGUGAUGAAAUGACCAGGAUUAUAUGGAGCAUGAUCAAGGAUAAACUUAUAUUUCCUUACCUGGAUUUGAACAUAAAGUAUUUUGAUCUUGGACUUCAGAAUCGUGAUGCUACUGAUGACAAAGUUACGGUGGAAAGUGCUGAAGCCACUCUCAAGUACAACGUUGCUGUGAAAUGUGCAACAAUAACUCCUGAUGAGGCCCGAGUCAAAGAAUUUGGACUGAAGUCUAUGUGGAGAAGCCCCAAUGGCACAAUCAGGAAUAUUUUAAAUGGCACUGUUUUCCGUGAACCAAUAAUAUGCCGCAACAUACCAAGAAUCAUUCCUGGAUGGAAAAAACCCAUAUGCAUCGGUAGGCAUGCUUUUGGUGACCAGUAUCGUGCCACUGAUGCAAUAAUUGGAGGACCAGGGAAGCUCAAAUUGGUAUUUGUCCCAGAGAAUGGUGAUGCUACAACGGAGCUCGAAGUUUACAAUUUCAAAGGACCCGGAGUAGCACUUGCUAUGUAUAAUGUUGAUGAGUCCAUUCGAGCAUUUGCCGAAUCAUCAAUGGCGCUGGCUUUUGCAAAGAAAUGGCCUCUUUACUUGAGCACCAAAAACACAAUUCUGAAGAAAUAUGAUGGCAGGUUUAAGGAUAUAUUCCAGGAAGUGUAUGAAGAAAGGUGGAAAAUAAAGUUUGAAGAGCACUCGAUAUGGUAUGAGCAUAGGCUAAUUGAUGACAUGGUAGCAUAUGCAGUCAAGAGUGAAGGUGGAUAUGUUUGGGCUUGCAAGAAUUAUGAUGGUGAUGUCCAAAGUGAUUUACUAGCUCAAGGAUUUGGCUCCUUGGGUCUCAUGACUUCUGUGCUGUUAUCUUCUGAUGGCAAGACAUUAGAAGCUGAGGCAGCUCAUGGAACUGUAACUCGACAUUUCCGGCUUCAUCAAAAGGGACAAGAAACUAGUACAAACAGUAUUGCUUCCAUAUAUGCAUGGACACGAGGACUGGAACACAGAGCCAAGUUGGAUAAUAACGAAAAAUUACUGGAUUUUACUAAAAAAUUGGAGGCUGCAUGUGUUGAGACAGUGGAGUCGGGAAAGAUGACUAAAGAUCUUGCAAUUCUGAUUCAUGGACCAAAGGUAUCAAGGGAAUUUUACUUGAAUACAGAGGAAUUUAUUGAUGCUGUGGCACAUAAUCUUGAGACAAAGCUCCAAGAUCCUGUAGCGUAGGUUUGAUGUAAGAAAAAACACAUGUCGGAAAUUUUGAGUGGUGCUUUAUUUUUUAAGCCCAAUGAUAAUGAUGUUGGUUGGAUUCAUGGUCCCUAGAAUGUCAGAAACUUUAAUUAUUUGGAGGAGGGGUGUCCUCACAAUUUCAUUUUAGAUUCUUUGUGUUUUGUCCUCUGCACUCCUGUCCCAUUCUUGCACUCCACCAUCGAAGCAAUAAAACGGUAAAAUUCCAGAGGAUGAUGGUCCAGCAAAAUUGAGAAACUUCAAUUUUCUGGUGAGAAAGAAAGAAUUCAGGUCUUCUCAAUUUCUUGUUUUUUCUUUCCACAACCCUUUCUGUCAUAUUUUAGGGAGGAAUGUCACUUAUAUGCCUUCUAACACACUAUUUUCGUUCGGUGGAAUUUACUGAAACUUGCAAAAUUCUGAGUCAUUAUGCUUGUAUCUGUUUUUGGUUCUUUGAAAGUUCAUAAACUUUGUAUUUUGUC